AUGUCGCCGGCCAUGUCGGCUGUUUUUCGUUUGCUGCUGCUUACCUUCUGGGGACGCUCUUCUGCCGCAGAGCCUUUCUGCCAGCCUUCCGGCUCUGACGACGCUUCGCUACUGCAAGCCCACGCAUCGACGAGAUCUGAUGGUGUUGGUCAGUUCCUCGCGACGCUCAGAAACGAUAUCCUGGCCGCUCUGAACGUGGCACCCCUGGAGUCGUCCUUACCUCAACAUUUCAUCUUCUACAUUCCGCUGGCGGACAACAAGAAGCAUUCAGUUGAGAGCUACAAGAAGAAUCUGGAGCAGAUGUGCAGAUCGAUGUCCUCCAAGGACAUGCAGAAUGUCGGCCUCGUUGGCGACGUUGAUGCUAUCGGCUCGAUGGCUUCAUCCUGCGAAAAGUUCACACACGGGGACGGUAUGAAGCUCAUGGACCUGGAGUAUGAUGACGUUGUGGCCAGCCUUCCUUCAGGGUCCUGCCGACUGAAAUUCUCAGGGCCGGCGCUCCAAAGUGAAUUGGUCAAGAUCUGGUUGAACAAGCUGCCCGUUCUCUGCAAGUACGCAGCGGAGCGGCCCGACGUUGUCACGACACUCAUCGACGCCAACUCGCGGGACGACAUGCUGGUUUGGGCGAACAGGACUGGAGCUCAAGAGCUGCAGCGCGGCAAGCUCGGCGUGCGAUUCUACCAGCAAGAGAAUCUCAAGAGAUGGCCGUUCUGGUUUGGAAGACAGGAGUGCAAGCAAGAUCUGGUGGUUUGGGCAAAGUACAUGGCGGUACAUGGCGCCGAUUGCCCCGAGCUCAUGCAGGCGUACAACGAGGUCUUGGCCACUGCCCGUGACCGGGACCCAGAUGUCGGCUGUCAGUGCUUCGACGAAGAGUACCUGCUCUCGCAGCUCUUUGCGAAGCGUCCCGAACUUUUCCAACUUCAGGGGACGCCCUACGCCCGAUAG